AUGAUUCCAUUGUUAUCCUGGAGCUCAAACUGUGUCUCAGUUUGCAUUUUGAAGAUGAAGGAUCUUGGCACUCUCACCUAUUUUCUUGGUCUUGAGAUUUCUUCUUCUUGUGAUAAUUACUAUUUGACACAAGCAAAGUAUAUCUCCGAUCUACUUUCGCGGGCCAAUCUCACAGACUGUAAAACCAUCGACACACCAACUGAGCUCAAUGUUUGCCUUAAUCUCCAUGAUGGUGAGUCUCUUUGUGAUUUCACUCUGUAUCAGCAUUUGGCUGGCAAUCUUGUCUAUCUUACUGUUAGUAGGCCUGAUAUCUCAUAUGUUGUCCAUAAAGUGAGUCAGUUCAUGGCUGCUCCCUGCUCCACUCACUUUUCUGCCGUCCUUGGCAUCCUUCACUACCUCAAGGAGACAUUAUUUCAUGGGCUCCACUUCUUUUCUCAGUUCUCUCUUCAGUUACAUGCUUUUAUUGAUGUAGAUUGGGUUGAUGAUUCUACAAACCGUCACUCCACUACUGAUUAUUGUUCCCUACUUGGCACCUCUCUUAUUUCUUGGCAAAGUAAGAAACAGUCUAUUUCUGCUCGAUCUAACACCGAGAGGCAAGGCUCCUCGCUGAAGCCCUACAAGAACUUCCUCCUCGCUGAAGCACCACAAGAACUUCCUGUUCUUUGGCCAUUGCGAGAUCUGCCAGAGAGACCCAACGAGAAUGAGACUCAUCCAGCAUGUGAAAGCCAUAAAACCAUUGGCCAAGCUUCCACCAUUUAA